ACUUGUGCUGCUUUUUAUCUUUAAACAUUUUGUUUAUUCUGGUGUGCGCAACGCUACCAUUACCACUACCUGUAGAGAGGUUGGUUUUGUAAUUAUUAAGCUACAUUUUCUCAAAUUUCAAUCGUUCCUACGAGUUGGGUGGUGUCUUAAUUUUUGACGGUGCGCACCUAUAUCUCCUGCAAGUAUUUGGGACGACGACUGCGUUAAGGUCUGUCAAGACGCUCGUCAACACAGUAUUAUUCCAAUUUUACUAGAAGAAUAAACACCAUUUGAAGCAAUGUUCCUUCAUUCUAAGGAUCCUACCAGACAGGGAAGAGAUGGCGAUUCUGAUGAUGGGUCAGAUCAGACAGAUUCUGACUGUAUUAUUCCUCAUACAUGGCUUGGUCACAAAAAUUUGCUGAGACUAUUAGACCCCAGCUUCAGCGGAAAUUAUGAAGUGUUCUUGAAAGUAUGGAAGAACGAAUACCCGCUUAUAAUAUCACAUAUAUCCAAGAACUUGGAUAUGAAAUUGUGGACCCCUGAAACAUUUUCACAAAGAUAUGGAGAAAGUAAAGUUGAUAUUAUUAAUUGCAUUACCGGGGAGGUAAUACCAAAUCAGAAAAUGCAAAUAUUCUGGGAUGGUUUUGAAGACGUGGGAAGUCGGCCAAAAGAUAAAAAAGGUUGCCCUUUGCUUUUGAAAAUGAAAGAGUGGCCUAGAUGUACUAUGUUUGAAUCAAUUUUGCCACUACACAUGGGUGAUCUUCUGCAAGCUCUUCCCUUGACUGCUUACACACAUCCAAAUGGCCUAUUAAAUUUUGUGAAUUACAUUCCAAAUGGAUUCCUAACUAAGGACUUGGGCACAGAAUUACUAUGUGCAUACGGGACAGCCAAAUAUCCCUGGGUGGGCACAAAAAACCUUCAUGUAAAUAAAACUGAUGCUUUGAAUAUACUGGUAUAUGUUGGAAAAGAUACAAAUGAAGAUAAUGUUUAUGAGGAAACAAAAGUUUUACAGGCUGUAGAAGAUGCUGGAUGUGAUGAAAUGUCUAUAGAGAGAGUAAUAAAGAAUGGAGAUAUACCAGGUGCAGUUUGGCACGUGUACAAUUCACAAGAUACAAAGAAGAUAAAUGAUUUACUUAAAAAAGUUAAUUUUUCAAGAGGUAUUAUUUCACAACCAAAUCAGGAUUUAAUUAAUGAUGAAAACUGGUAUUUGGAUAGAAUCCUUAGAGGACGCCUCAGGCGAGAGUACAAAAUUGAAGUACAUGCAGUCUUGCAGUGUCUUGGAGAUGCUGUAAUUAUUCCUGCUGGUGCUCCUCAUCAGGUUCGGUUUUUAAAAAGCUGCAUCAUGGUGAAGCAUGACUUCAUAUCAUCGCAAAAUAUGAAGAAGCUAUGAAAUAACAAGUUCUAUCAUAUGUGUUGAUUUUUUUU